AUGAAAAAAGUUUAUCAAGAUGAAGAGUUUUCUUUCUUUGAAAUUGGUGGUAAAAAAAUAGCAGAUUUAUAUGUAAGAGAUAUUAUAACUGAAAUAAGAAAGAGAGGUAAAGAAAUAACAGGUUUGGGGCUUAAAAGUAAAUAUGAACUACUAUGUAUUUUGGUAAACAGAAUGAAAGAAGAGAAUCCUAGUUUAAAUAUUCCACCAAAGAAAAGAGUAUUAGAUUUUGGAUCAUUAUCAUCUACUACUAGUAAUGGCAUUCUUCAAGAUUCAAAUAAAUUCUUUAAAAAAGAUAAUACACAUCAACAUCAACAACAACAACAACAACAACAACAACAACAACAACAACAACAACAACAACAACAACAACAACAACAACAACACAGUAAUAAUAGUGAUGAUGAUGAUGAUACUCAUAAUUAUAAUGAUGAUAGUGAUGAAUCUGAUGAUGAAUAUAUCAUUACAGAGGAAGAAGAGAUUGAACUACAUAAAAAUCUUAAUUUAGGUGAUGAUGAGAAUUUAUUAACAUUAGAAAUUAAAUUAUUGGAAUCACAAUUAGAGAAUAAAAAAUUUAGAAAAUCUUUACUUUUAAAAGAUAAAAAAAUAAAACAUUUGGAAAAUAUAAUUCAACAACAACAACAACAACUACUAGAACAACAACAUCAACAACAACAACAACAACAACAACAACAACAACAACAACAACAACAACAACAACGACAAGAAGAAGAACAACAAAAAGAACAACAACAAAAAGAAGAACAAGAACAAGAACAAUCUUCUCUUAAAAAUAAUUUAAAAUUUAAAGAUGGAGCUAAUUUAUUUUCUAUUGAAUCAAUAUCAAACUUGUAUAACAAAAUAUUAAAUGAAUUUAAUUUCAAAAAGAUUAUUACGGAAUUUGGUGAUUCUUCAUUAAAAAUUCAUGAAGAAUUUGUAAAAUUUAUAAUUUUAAAAUCAAUUAAUUUAAACCAUAAUAAUAAUAAAAAUAAUAAUAAAAAUAAUAAUAAUAAUAAUAAUAAUAAUAAUAAUAAUAAUAAUAAUAAUAAUAAUAAUAAUAAUAAUAAUAAUAAUAAUAAUAGUAGUAAUAACUUACCAAACGGUGAUGUAAAUAAAAACAAUAAUAAUAACGGCGAAAUAAUAGAAUUGGUACCACCUCCAAAGAUAGAUGAAUUUUGGAAAUUAAUGGUAUUGGAUACAGUUGGAUACCAACAAUUUUCAAAUAUUUUGGGUGCAAAGGUGAAUUAUGAUACAGAUAUUAAUCCAACAAGAAAAGGAUACCAAAGGUUAAAAGAUAUGAAAAAUCUGUAUUUUCCUCCUCCCCCUUCAACCACAGAACUAACUACUGAUGAAAUCUGGCCAAAUCAUUAUUUAUUACCAAUACAACCAUCACCACAAAAACAACAUAUACAAAAGCAACAACUACCAUCAUCAUCAUCAUCAUCAUCAUCAUCAUCAUCAUCAUCAUCAUCAUCACAACAACAUCAACAACAUCAACCACAACAUAAACAACAACAUCAACUACAACAGAUACAAGAGCAACAACCACAACAACAACAACAUCAACAGCAACAACAUCAACAACCACUACAACAACAGAUACAGCAACAACAACAACAACAGCAACAACAUCAACCACAACAACAACAUCAACCACAACAACAACAACAACAACAACAACCACAACAACAACAACAACAACAACAACAACAACAACAACAACAACAACAACAACAACAACAACAACAACAACAAAAAAAACAACAACAACAACAUCAACAACAAAAGAAUAAAGAAAAUAAUAAAGAAAAUAAUAAAGAAAAUAAUAAACAAAAUAAUAAAGAAAAUAAUAAAUUAAAUGAUAAUAAUUUAAAUAUUGAAGUACAUGAAGAUGAAGGUAAUAGAAUAAUUAAUUUUUUGAUUUCACCAGAUACUCCAUUAAGGAAUCUAUUUGUAGCAUAUGCAAAAGAAAUUGGUGAAAAUUUUAAUUCUUUUAAAUUUUAUUUUGGUAAUGAAUUAUUAUGUCAAAAUGAAACACCUUCUCAAUUAUUAAUGAGAAAUGGUACAAAAAUACAAGCAUUUUAUUUAAACAAAAAAGAAAUUAAAAAGUAA